AUGGCCCGAAGAACUCAAAGGACCAACCCACCCAAGGACGUGACCGAUCACCAUUUCUUGCAAUUCCCGCAAACUCUAAAUAAUGCAACCUGGGCCAGAUAUGUCAACAAUCUGAGUCUGCUGCUCACUAAGGAGAUCGACAUAGCACCUUCAUUCGACUGUGAAUUGGCAACCCAGACUGGACUUGCUGUGCUAAUCAAGGAUUUUUUGCAAUACAUGCACUCGGAUGCAAGUGGCGUGCAAUUGUUCGUAUGUCAGGGAUGGGCAAGAUUGUUCAGGAUCCAGGAGCCUGUGUAUCGGGAAUUUUUGCUGGAGUUUUACGCUACAGUUUCCUAUGACCCUAGGAAGACACCCGACGAUAGGACAUCCUUUUCCUUUAGACUGGGAGGUGUGAGUCGGGAGUGCAGUGCAGUUGAGCUUGCAACUUGA